AUGUCAAAUGUAAAUAAAAAGUCGACCGAAAUUGUCAAUUUGAAUGUGGGGGGACAGAAGUUUGCGACUAGUCGAUCAACAUUAAGCUGGGUUCCGGACACUUUCUUCUCGUCGUUACUGAGUGGUCGAAUUUCUUCUACUGAGGAUGAGACUGGAGCUGUAGGUUUGGAUACUUAUAUAUUUAGUUUCGAUAUUACCAAAAAUGGUACAUUUUUAAACUUUUUUUUUAGUUUUUCAUCGACCGCGAUCCAGACCUAUUUCGUCGCAUCUUACAUUAUUUACGGACUCAACAAAUAGAUUUAAGGUAAAUUAUAUUAUUCUUACGUUUUCCGGUUUUAGGUUUAGUGCAUGUUAACUAUCAAUUACAGAGAAGAGCGGAUACUAUCUUUUUUGAUUAGUAUUCACAGUAUAAGCUUUAGGAAAGAGGUGGAGCUUGGCUUUUUUAAAGCUAACAUUCAACUCAUUUUGAUAGACAUUGUAUUAUCAUUACCCUUUUUAGUGAUGUCAACUUGUCAAUGUUUAUUCACGAAGCAGAAUUCUACGGAAUCACACCACUGGUCAAGCGGUUACGGUUAUGCGAAGAAAUGAACGAAAGUCCGUGUGGAGAUGUGUUGUUCAUGGGGAUUCUAAAUCCACCAGAAGAGCCGGCUGUAUCUAGUAUGAGCUUAAAUCAAGUCAUUUUACCGGUAUCUUCAAACCAAUCUUAUGUUAGAGAACGAAGACUAUCUUCCACUGCUUCUAGUGUAAGUCGAGGGAUUUUUUACUUGUUUUAGGUAAUUUUGGUAAUUAGAUUGGGUUGUUAUCUGUACGAACAACAUGUUUUAAUAUUGUAUGUUAACUUUUUUUUGUUUUACUUUGUUAGGGUGCUUGAAAAAUGGGAAAACUAUGAGAUUUAUCAUGGUAUUGUAGUAGGUCAUAAGGUGAAGUUAGUGUUUUUUGCUGUAACGUUUUUACAAAUGAAGAUAUAACUUUGAAAUUUGGCUUAAAUGUAGAUUAUUCUAUUUCCAACAUUUCUCAAAAUAGAAAAGUUUGGAAUUAUCAAAAGUCAAAAAGUUACAGUACUUUUAAACUAACCAUAGCCAAAAACUUGAUUUUUUCUCAAAAAAGUAAUUUAACGUUGUUAUACUUGAUUUUUUAAGGCAAAUGUAUUUAACGACACAUCAAGGAACUCUUCUGCUUCUUUUUCAUCGGGUUAUAUCACAUCAUCGAUGAAUUCCUCAUUAAAAUUUCGAGUCAAUGAUCAAGGACAAUCGGUGAGUUAUUUAUGGUCAAUAGGAGAUUAGAAGGACAGAAUUUAUGGUAUUAUUGGUUUGGAAAUUUUAGUCUUUGUAGUUUUGGACUAGGACAAUAUAAUUAAAAAAAAUUUAAUUUCGAAAAAAAUGAAAAUUUAAAAAUUUUUAUUUCUGUUUGAAAAUUUUAAUGAAUUCAGGGCUCAAAUCUACAUUCCAAUCAAGAACCAACCACCGAUUUGACCACAAGACAAGUCCGAAAAGACCUCAGGCGAUUAGUGUUAAGGGAGAACGAGCUGGACAAAGAUGACAUAAAUCGAAAUUCGAUGAGAGUUCGCCUAAUCAGAGCCUAUCAAAAUGCAGUGGCAGUGGCGUAUAGCCAUUUUGGAUGUGUUUAUAAGUAGGUUUGGAAUUGUUUUGGUUAUUUGAAAAAUUUUUAAAAAAUUUUUAGUUUUGGUCUUCGAACUUUACUUUAAACCUGAACUUUUAUUUUUAACCACCCUAAGAUUCAUUUUUUAAGUUUAAAAUGUCAUUUUCAAACAAAAAUUUCAUUUUUAGGCUUGAAAUUUGCGUUAGAAGCCUGAAAUUAAUUUUUAAGCCUAAAAGUCAAAAAAUAAUUUGCUUUUUUCAGAAUGAAAGAGAGUUAUGGUUGGAAGCUCUGCUUCACAUCUGCCAUCAUGGAUUCACCGAUCAAACAAAUGGCAUAUCUAUCCAAAUUCCCAUCACAACAAUCCGAAAAAUGGCUGGCCUUAGGCCUAACCUCGAAUGUAAUUCAUCUGUACGUAAUCGAAGAAGGUGGCGAUUCACAAGUUCAUCGUACUGUCAGAGUGUUCUCGUUGAAUGCCAUCAUUGACAAACUGUUCUUCAUCGGAUCACAACUAGUGGCAUUGUCAUGGACAGGCAAAGUGGGCGUGUGGAAUUCAAUGUCACACAACUGGCAGGUUCAGGGUGAGUGAAGAGUUAGGGUUAAAAAGGCAAUUUAGAAAUUAAAAAUGGUUUUGUAUUCUUAAUAAUGAAAUUUUAGGCUUAUAAGUAAUAGUUUAAGCCUAAACUUCGUUUUUGGGCGUAAGAAUGAAUUUUAGGCUGAAAACGUAGUUCUGGACUUAAAAAUGUAGUUUUAGGCUUACAAAUGACUUUUCAGGCUUAAAUUGUGAUUUUAGGCUUACAACUGUCUUUUUAUGCCUAAAAUUAUGAUUUUAGGUUUAAAACGAAAUUUAAGCUUAAAAAUGGGAUUAUAGGCUUAACAACGAAAUUUUAGGCUUAUAAAUGAAACUUUAGGCUUAAAAUGGACUUAUGGGUUUAAAAAUCAAAUUUUGGGCAUAUAAAAAUAUAAAAUACGUUUUUGGGAUUUUAAAUUCAUUUUUAGUUUUAAAAUAUCAAAAGUAUUCUAAAUGGGCUUAAAAGAAGUCCCUCUAGGACACACCUUCUUUAAGAGUUCUUCAGUCUAAUCUUAACCACCUUUUUUGCAGAUGUAAUGCAGAUCUCCUCCUACGACACGGCCGGCUUCAUUCUCUUGUUGGGCUGCACCAAUGGCUCUAUAUAUUAUAUUGAUAUGCAAAAGUUUCCCCUAAGAAUGAAGGACAAUGAUCUGCUGAUAACCGAACUCUACCGUGACCCCAACUCGGACACCAUCACUGCCAUUUCCGUAUACCUAACCCCUAAAACCAGUAUGUGUGGGAAUUGGAUUGAAAUCGCAUACGGCACAGCCACCGGCAAUGUCCGAGUAAUCGUACAGCAUCCGGAGACCGUUGGCCAUGGACCACAGCUCUUCCAAACACAUUCAGUUCAUACGGCACGGAUUAGUCGAGUGGCGUUAACUACGAACUACUUGAUUAGUGGUGGGUUUUUGGAUAUAUCAUUGAUUUGUGGUGGGGAAGAUAUGAUUCGUUUUGGCUUUUAAGUAAAGAAAGUAGUUUUUUAGGUAAUUAAAGGCAUUUUUUUUUAUUUUAGGUAACAAAAAUUAUUUUUUUUUACUUUAGGUAUUAAAAAAUUGAUUUUUAGCUUUGAAAACACUUUUCUUUUGGUUUUUGGGUAACAAAACUCAUUUUUUUAAUUUUAGGUAUUAAAAAAUUGAUUUUUAUUUCUAAAAAUAGUCUUUUUAAAAAACUUUGUUACCUAAAAAUUUGAUAUUUUUGGUAUAAAUUGGUACUGGCGAGUUUAACAACUUUUUGUAUCAAAUAUUGAAGUUUGAGACUUAGAAGUGACAUUUUUAAUCAUAACUCUAUAUUACAGUAUGCUACGACAACAAUCACGUCCGCUCAUGGUCCGUGACGCGCUUCCGCGGCAUGAUCAACACACAGCCGGGCGGCCAAGCCCUAGCCUCCUUUAAAAUCAUGACUCUCGACUCCUCCCCCGACGACUCACCCCUACCCGAAGGCUGCAACACCGGCCCCUACGGUGAACAAGAUGGCGAACAGAUCUUUGUCCAACGAGUCGUGCCAGACGCUAAUACCUUGUUCGUAUUGUUGGCAUCGACUGGUGAGCGAUUGUGCACUAUCAAAACGGUCGAUUCACAACCGGUUACAGCGUUCUUUGUUCAUGAAUGUGACGGAUCGAAUAGGAUGGGAGCGCGGCCGAGAAGAUACUUGUUUGCUGGAACGGCUAAUGGGGAUGUACAGGUAGGGUUUGAUUAAUUGGGGUAUUUUAGGAGAAAUAAUGCCGUCUUUGGGACACAAAGGCUAGCAAAAAAUAUUUAUGGUACAAUUCAUUUAAGCCUAAAAUUCAUUUCUAACCCAAUUCAUUUUUAAGCCUUAAAUUCGUUUUUAAGCCUAGCAUUCGAUUGAAGACAAAAAUUUUGAUUAUCAAGUUUAAAGAUGCGUUUUUAAACCUAAAAUGUUGUUUUAAGCCUAAACUUAUAUUUUUAAUUUAAAAAAAAAUUUUAUGCCUAAAAUUUAAUUUUUUAGGCUUAAAAUUGUUCUCUUUCAGAUUUUCGACCUGACCACGGCAAUCGACCAGUACCAAACCAAAACCAACCUCAUCUCCCAACAACUCGCCCAACUCAACUCCCAAACCGUUCAGGUUGGAACGGAAAAGUCGACCAGCUCCAGUUCGUCGGGUGUCAUAACUGGAACACAAGCUCCAACUUUGUCGCCAAGUCUCCUGAAUCAGUGGAAUGUGGUCAAAGGGUUUCAGACGUUACAGGUAUGCUUUUAUAUAAAGAUUUUUGAGCUUGGUGUGGGAGGUUUUACAUUGAUAUAAUUAGUUUUUGGGUUGUUAACGUCAUUUUUUACCUUAAUAUGGCCAUUACCUACCUUAAAAUAGAAUUUAAACGAUUUUAAAAACCAAUUUUUCAGGGCCCAACCCCAGAAGAGCUCCUGAAGCUGAUUGAAGCCAGCGACCUAGCCGUCUCCAGCCUCAAUUCCAACUCGGUCUAG